ACUGAAUGCGUGACGCACGUCAACAUCAGGUGCUUAGUGACGCCGGCGCAGAGACGCAGAGAUGGCGGAGAGAAACACUCUGGAAAAAGUCGAUUUGGGCGCUUUAAGUCCAGAGCAGCAGGAGAAGCUGCAUCAGUUUAAGGUCAAGACACGGAUAGCUAAUGAAAAAUAUUUAACGACUCAUCCGGAGGUGGAAAUGUUACUGAGCGGCUUCUUAAGGGGUGUGUUUCUAAACAGGCCUACAGAUAUUCGUGAAUUUGCCGCAGAUCACUUCUGCGACCCAGGAUUGCCAAGGAAAAUUCAGGAGCAAAUGAAUAUGCAGAAAAAGUGAAAAAAGUGGAUAGUGUUUUGUAAUAAAAGAGAGAAAAAAAUUGAA